AUGCCUCCCUCGCUUGCCCCUCGCCCCCGCCCUCCCCUCCGCCGCCGGUCGACCCCCCACCCCCCUCCUGGGUACUCCCAGACGCGCGCCCUCGCGACCGCCAAGGCGCCAUCCUCCCUCUUCUCCCCGCUGGACACCUUCCCCGACCGUCACAUUGGGCCCGAUGACAAGGAAAUGGCGGGCAUGCUCUCGAAGCUUGGUUACGACUCCAUGGACGCGUUUGUCGCGGACGCGGUCCCCGACAAGAUCCGCUCUUCCACCACGGCCGUCAGCGAUGAGUCCAUCCCCGCGCUCAGCGAGUCUGAGCUCUUCCGCAGGGCGAAGGAGCUCGGCCGGGCGAACAAGCCGUUCAAGAGUUAUAUUGGCAUGGGAUACCACAAUGCGGUUGUCCCCCCUGUCGUUCUGCGAAACGUCAUGGAGAGCCCUGCGUGGUACACCCCGUACACCCCUUAUCAGCCAGAGAUUGCCCAAGGCCGUCUGGAGUCUCUGGUCAACUUCCAGACGAUGGUGAUGUCGCUGACGUCGAUGGACAUCGCAAACGCGUCAUUGUUGGAUGAAGCCACCGCGGCCGCCGAGGGCAUGGUCAUGGCAUUCACCGGGUCACACGGCAAGAAGCGCACUUUCUUCGCAGACCGCGGCGUCUCUCCCCAGACCAUCGCCGUCCUCCGCACUCGCGCGAAGGGCUUUGGCAUCAACCUGGUCGUCGGCGAUGCCCUCCAGGACCUCGGGGACAAGAAGGACCUCUGUGGAGUGCUCGUCCAGUACCCGGAUGUCAACGGCGAGGUCAAGGAUUUCUCUGGUCUGGCCGAAUCCGUUCACGCGUCGGGAGCGCUGCUCGUAUGCGCGACCGACCUCUUGGCUCUCACGAUGCUUAAGCCACCUGGCGAAUGGGGCGCGGACAUUGUCCUCGGUAACUCCGCCCGGUUCGGUGUGCCUGCUGGCUACGGCGGCCCACACGCAGCGUUCUUCGCUUGCACGGACAAACUGAAGCGCAAGAUGCCAGGUCGUCUCAUUGGUCUUACCCGCGAACAGCACAUCCGUCGCGAGAAGGCGACGAGCAACAUCUGCACUAGCCAGGCGCUCCUCGCCAACAUGGCUGCGAUGUAUGCCGUCUACCACGGCCCGGUCAAUUUGCAGAGGAUCGCCCAGAAGGUCCACGGUCUCACCCAGGUUGUCCGCACCGCCGUCGAAGGAUUCGGCUACAAGUCCGUCAACGCGCAGUUCUUCGACACUCUGACCAUCGAUGUCAGUGGUGUAGCUAGCAGCGCAGAUGCUGUUCACGAGGCCGCUGUGAAGUCCGGUAUCAACUUGCGUAAGAUCGACGACAGCACCGUUGCUGUCGAAGAUGUUGUAGCCCUCACCAACGUCUUCGCCUCCGCUGCAUCUAAGCCCACUCUUUCUAUUGCCGACCUCGCCGCUCCGGAAAGCCUUGCAAUUCCUGAGGCUCUCCGCCGCACGUCAAAGUUCCUUCCCCACCCGGUGUUCAACACUCACCAUUCUGAGACGGAGAUGAUGCGCUACAUCUACCACUUGCAGUCGAAGGAUCUCGGUCUUGUCCACGCCAUGAUCCCGUUGGGCAGCUGUACCAUGAAGCUCAACAGCACUAGCAGUAUGAUGCCCGUGACGUUCCCCGAGUUCUCGGCUGUCCACCCUUUCGCUCCCAAGGAUCAGGUCAAGGGAUACUUGGAGAUGAUCAAGGAGCUCGAGGACGACCUAUGCAAGAUCACUGGCUUUGCUGGCUGCUCGCUCCAGCCUAACUCUGGUGCGGCUGGCGAGUAUGCUGGCUUGUCGGUCAUCAAAGCGGAUAUCUGUCUCAUUCCUGUCAGCGCGCACGGCACGAACCCUGCUUCGGCAGUCAUGGCUGGUCUCAAGGUCGUCGCCAUCAAGACUCACAACGAUGGCAACCUUGACCUCGAGGACCUCCGCGAGAAGGCCGAGAAGCACAAGGACAACUUGGCUGCUUUCAUGAUCACCUAUCCUUCAACCUUCGGAGUCUUCGAGCAUGGCGUGCAAGACGCAUGCAAGAUCAUACACGAUAACGGCGGACAAGUCUACCUCGACGGUGCCAACCUCAACGCGCAGGUCGGCUUGACGAACCCUGCCAUCUGCGGUGGUGACGUCUGCCACAUGAACCUGCACAAGACAUUCGCCAUCCCGCACGGCGGAGGAGGCCCCGGCGUCGGCCCUAUUUGCGUCGCGGAGCACCUCGCUUCCUUCCUUCCCUCCCAUCCCCUCAUCGCCACUGGUGGACAAAAGGCCAUCGACGCCGUCGCCGCGGCUCCCUUCGGCAGCGCUUCCAUUCUCCUCAUUUCCUGGGCGUACAUCAAGAUGCUUGGUGGCACCGGUCUCGCCGACUCCUCCAAGGCCGCGCUCCUCAAUGCCAACUACAUGGCCCACCGUCUCAAGGGGCAUUAUACCCUUCGCUACAAGAACGGCAAGGGCCGCGUCGCCCACGAGCUCCUUAUUGAUCUCGCUGAGUUCGACAAGGCUGCUGGGUUGAAGGUCAUGGACUUCGCGAAGAGGCUGCAAGACUACGGCUUCCAUCCUCCCACAUGCUCGUGGCCCAUCUCUACGUGCAUGCUCAUCGAGCCCACCGAGUCUGAAACUCUUGAGGAGGUUCUGCGAUGCUAUGAUUCAGAUCCGCAAGGAGGCGGAGACAUCAUCACCGGGAAACAGCCCAAAGACAACAAUUUACUGAAGAAUGCUCCUCAUCCACUAUCCUGGAACCGUCCCUACUCUCGUGAAACCGCAGCCUACCCUAUGCCCUGGCUCCGCGAGAGGAAGUUCUGGCCCACUGUUUCUCGCAUCGACGAUGCUUACGGCGAUACAAACCUCAUCGUGAGUAAACCCGUCUUAUGUAUUGAACGCGGUACUCAUUCGUCUCGGUCUAGUGUGACUGCCCCUCCGUAG